CGUCGCCUCAGUGUUAUAUGUACGCGAACGCAUCGCGCGGUGACGUCGUCGCGGGCGCAACGCAACGGAGCGAAGUUCCGGCUGUCUCGCAUAGUUGUGUAGCGUUCCACUCAGAAGCGGUGACGUAUGCACUUGCGCGCGCGCGAACGAAGAGAGAGAGAGAGAGAGAGAAUGAUGAGGCGACCGGGUAGGGGAGAGCGACACGGGAAGUGUAACAAAGUGUAACGCGACGGGCAGAAGAAGGAUAGACGAAACCGAGUCGGAGCUGAAACGGGAGCGAGAAGAAGCGAGCAGAACGUAGAGAGAGAGAGAAAGAGAAAGAGAAAGAGAGAGAGAGAAAAUGCGACGGAAGCGAGAAGGAGAGAGCGAGGGACUCGUCGUCGUUGUAGCGGCAACCGAGUCCGGCCAAUCGGGUGCGCGCGGCUCGCGUCUACCGGGCGUGUAGGGUGGUGUUUCACGACGUUUCACCGCCGCCGCGCGUCAUUCGUCGAUUCGCCUCUCGGCCACGGCGCCGCGCCGAGCUCGGCUUCGUUGCCCAUCGACGGCUUCCCGCCCGCCCAGCGGAGGUUAGGUUUGCGUUCCGCGCGACGGUCCUGAAGUUCGCGCCGUGUACCUUUCCCGUGCGUGUGUCCACGACGACGACGACGGCGGCGGCGGCGGCGCGCGCCCUCCAAAACGGAUAAAUAAUGUCGAGCAGCGUGUGUCACGCGCCCCUGCCAGCACGAAUGGAAGCGUUCACCACGAGGCUCUGCCUGCGUGCGGUCGAUCAGUAUGAGCGGCUUCUGCAGACGCACUUCAACAAGACAUCUCUGGUUGCAGCCCCCGAGCAAGGAGCAAACGCGAUUGAGCAGUCAUGAUUCGAUGGGCAACAAGGAUCACCGUCGACAGAAGGAUGGCUCCGGCUCCGGAAGCAGCAGCGGCGGCGGCGGCAGCAGCACUUACAACGCUUUCCGUCAAUGGCGACGGAGCACCUCGAUUGGCUCCCACAGCAACCGGUCCAGCAGCGCUGGCUCCAGAUCGUCCAGCUCGCACGCCAAGCUGCCUACCGACCCGGCCACCCUGCGGAAGAUGGAGCAAUUCCCCCUGGUCCUGUCCGACACGACGAUGCCGGACGAGGAUCUGUCUUUGAAAUUCCUCGCUCUGAAUGCUCUGGAUCUUACGGCACCAGCCAGCGACGUGCUCCUGAAAAAUCGACUGAAAUCCUGGUUUCAAUUAUCGGGCCACCCGGACGGCUUUGCGCCCGCCGGUCCUGGCACCGUCUGGAAGAGGCGGACGGGUGGCACUGAGAACACGGAGCGUAUCGUUUACGAGACCCUGAGCAAGGAGGAAGCGUUGCGGGAUUGCAUUCCGAGAUAUUACCGGGAGGUCGAGUACAAGGGCGACACGUUCAUCGAGCUGCAGGAUCUGCUCUUCGGUUUCAGCGAUCCGCAUGUGAUGGACAUCAAGAUGGGCACGCGGACCUUCCUCGAGUCCGAGGUGUCCAAAACCACCGCCAGGCCGGACCUCUAUCAGAAGAUGAUCGCCGUCGAUCCGGACGCGCCGACUGAGCUCGAACACGAGCAACGCGCCGUUACCAAAUUACGGUACAUGCAGUUCCGCGAGCAGCAGAGCUCGACCUGCAGCCACGGUUUUCGCAUCGAGGCGAUGAAGCUGCCAGGCGCGCCACCGAUCACCGAUCUCAAGAAGGUCAAGUCACAUUCGGAGGUGCUCGACAUCAUAAAGCAGUUCCUCGGCAAGCACGAAGACACUCGUCAAAAGAUCCUCGCGCGCCUGAGGAACCUGCGAAUCAAAAUUGAGCAAUCAAAGUAUUUUGAAACUCAUGAGAUAAUCGGCAGUAGUAUUUUUAUGAUUUACGACAGCGAAAAGGUAGGUGUCUGGCUGAUAGAUUUCGCAAAGACACGAGAGGUGCCGGACGGACGGAAGCUUACGCACAGACGUCCUUGGGAGGAAGGCAAUCACGAAGAGGGUUUCCUAUACGGAUUGGACAAUUUAAUUUCGACCAUAGAAGAGGCGCGCCUUUCUCCAUAAAUCAUGGUCGACGAUUGAAAAAAUUCGCAAACUUCUAACAUUACGAAACAUUAUUUACUCAUGUACAUAUAACGAGUGAAAAAGUAUUCAAACUCCAUCGUUUGUAAGUAAUUUUUAUUUAAAUGUAAGUGCGCCAGUAUCACUAAAAUAUCGAGAAGUGAAGAUGUCAUGCAAGUGAGUGAAGUGUUGAUCGCUGAAAAGUGAUAUAUUUUGCUCACCUUUCGGUCUUGUCGUAAGUUCAUCGUCGUUAUUUAUAUCGUUGUUAUGUACAUUUAACGUGAAAGACUGCUUUCUAUUGCAUUUUUUAAGAGACUUAUCUCCAAACGAAAUCCGCGACACAUUACUCUGUGUACAAACGCGUAAUGUACAAAAAUAGCUUUUAAGAUAGCGAUAAGUAAUCUAACGUGCUAAGCUAGGCGAAACUUAUUUAUGAGAAGUGCUUACAUCGAGUAAUAAUAAUGUUCUUAUACUUUUUUUAAAGAGUACUUUGUCAUCUCGAAUCGCUUCGUGUUUGAACUUGUAGAAAUAAAUAAAUAAUCUUCGUAAAUAUA